CUACUGUAUCUGUUAGUACUUUUGGUCAUUGAUAAAUUUUAUUUUGUUCUGAGUAUCAUCACAGUUUAAAAAAGAACCCCUCCAAAAUGACCGGACAGUGUAAAAAAAGCAGAUGUCAACGUCCGGGUUGUCGUUAUCCUGUUGAAAGCGGCAUGCAGUGCGACGAGUGCAAAGGCUGGUACCACGAAGUUUGCACGAACCUAACGCCUGCUGCUUUCAAACGGUUCAGUAAAAAGGGUUGUGUGUGGCCUUGUCAACAGUGCUGCUCGGAUGCAAACAGCUUGCUAACCGAGGCCAUCUCACUGGUUGAUGCUGCAAAGAAGUGUUUUAGCAAGCAUAGCCGGAACGCGUCAAACAGCACUCGGUCUGUCGACACGCAAAUCAACGUGAAGGAAACUAAGGUUAGUCCGGUGAUAGAUGACUCACGCCCGUCAAAGAAGGAAAAGCAGUCUCCAAAUAGGCCUGCCUUAAAAAAAAGCUCAAGAAAAGUAGGGUCUUCUGUUCCCCGUCUCCCAGAUGGGAUCCAACAGGAAACACCUAGGAGCCGCAAUCGCAAGGCUCGAUCGGUUUCAAACGGUAAACAUAACACGACCCCUCAGGUCGUCGACUACCUUCCAAAACCCAACACUAGGUUUGACGCAACUGUUAUUGCUUCUACCAGCACCGUUGACGAAUGGGUAAAGGUUGUAAGGAAGAAAAGCAUUGAUAUAAAAGGGAAACCUGCCCCCGUAAAAGUGGCUGAAAAAUCGAAAGCUGAUCAUAGCGACAGAUCAGCUAUUUUUCAUAGAAUCAAGGAGAGCGAUAGCUCUGAACCUAAAGCUUGUUUUGAGCAUGACAUUGUACUGGUUAGGCAGCUGCUUAAUCAACUCAUGCCUCAAAAUAUGACCGGGGUCACCUUGCUAAAGGUGUACAGACUAGGGAGUCUAACGGACUCGAAACCAAAUCAUUCCAGGCUGCUUAAAGUAGUAUUCGGCUCUUCGAACGAACGUGACCUAAUUUUACAAAAUGGACACAGAUUAAAGGGUUCAGGAGUCUUUAUCCGAAAGGACCUACCGUUGGCAGACCGUGUUAAAAGACGGGAAGCCGAGAAAGAACUACAACAUAGGUUAGACGCUGGCGAAAAGGACCUGAAAAUUGUAAAUUUUCGGGUUGUAAGACUUCGACAGAGAAUGAUGCCGAAGCCACUCUGGGUGAAGCACGAAGGCACUUAAAGAGGCUUCGGAUCUGUUACACCAAUGCACGAAGCUUACUUAAUAAGCGAUCGAAACUAGGUGUACAGAUUGACUCUACAAAGCCAGAUAUAAUCGCAGUAACAGAAACCUGGCUGACACAGGCUAUAGAUAGUAUAGAACUUGAUUUCGAGGGCUUUACGUUAGUAAGGGCCGACAGAACACAAAAGCGCAAAGGAGGGGGAGUAGCUCUAUUCAUUAAGAAUGCUAUCCCAUUUACCAUUAUCGAUAGUGUAUCCCAUGAGAGUGGGACGUGUGAAUUAGUUAGUCUUCGCUUAAAAUGCAAGGGACAAGAGCUGCUGAUUGGUUUGGUCUAUCGUAGUCCAAGCUGUGAGGCAAAUGAGAUCCUGUUAAGCAGUCUCAAUACUUGGUCCCAAAGUGGUCGAUGUCUAAUCCUAGGGGACUUUAAUGCACCUAUGGUAGACUGGGAAAAUCUGCGAACUAAAUCGUCGGAGAAUUCUUUCGAGCAGGAACUAGUUGAUGGGGUUAUCACAUGUGCUCUAGUGCAACAUGUGAAAGAAGCGACAAGGUACGACCCAGACACUGAAUCAUCCUUAUUAGGUCUUAUACUGACUCACUAUGAGGAUGAUGUUGCGAACCUCCAUCAUAUGCCACCCUUAGGUAAAAGUGACCACGCAGUUUUAACUUUCGACUUCCAUAUAACUGCCAGUCACGAGCACGCGUCAGUCCAGUCCACACCCAACGUCUGGAAAGCAAACAUACCAGACAUCAUGCACUCAGCAUCGUUAAUAGAUUGGACAAUAGACCCAGAGUCCUCCAUUGAAACGGCCUGGGACACAUUUCGAAAUUCAUACUUAAAAGUUACCACACCUCACAUCCCUUGGACUAUACCAAAGGGGCCGAAAAACUCACCACCAUGGUUCAGUAGGGAGGUCCGUAUCCUUCUCCGUAAGAAAAGGAAAAUGUGGGACAGAUUUAGGUUACUGAGGACUGAUGAGUCAAAAUCUCAGUAUCGAAAGGCUCGGAAUACUUGUGCCUCGACCCUCCGUAAGUCUAGAAAAUUGUACGAAGAAAAACUUGUUAAGGAAUCCAUAGAAUGUCCUAAACGCUUGUAUUCCUAUAUAAACCAAAGGACAAGGAGAAAAGGAAAUAUUCCUGCUCUAUGGGGAGACAGUACUGCUUCAUCAUUAGUGGAGGACGACUUUGGUAAGGCUCAAGCGUUCUCGAACUACUUUAGCAACGUGUGUACCAUAGAAGCGCCCUUCUCGUCAGCGUAUACAGAUCCCCCCAUACAUACACUGGAUAGUGUGACCAUUAAAGAACUCGAUGUCUUUGGUCUGCUAAAUAAGCUUGGCAUAGGUAAAUCCACGGGGCCCGAUGAAUUACAUCCUAGGCUACUGAAGGAAUUAUCUAACUUCGUCGCAAGCCCUUUAAGUACAUGCUUUAACCUAUCCGUUACGCAGGGUCGCUUACCGAAAGAUUGGAAAAACGCCAUAGUAAGUCCUGUCUUCAAAACAGGCACGAAACACAAACCUGAGAACUACCGCCCCGUUAGCCUAACUAGUGUGGUUGUUAAAAUAUUAGAAAGGAUUAUUCGGAAGGAGCUGUUUAAGUAUCUCGAUAAAAACCGGAUCCUCUCGGAGAAGCUGCACGGCUUCAGAAUAGGUUAUUCUUGUCUCACUAACUUAUUAGUGGCUCAUGAAAGCUGGUGUGCUCUUAAGGACCAAAAGCUACCUGUAGACGUCGCCUUCAUUGAUUUCAGUAAAGCUUUUGAUAAAGUUCCGCACAACCGGCUGUUAUAUAAGUUAAGAAAAGUCGGGAUUAGAGGCAAUUUAUUGAUGUGGAUAAAAGACUUCUUAGUUGGGCGUCAACAAAGAGUUCGGGUGAACUCAAAGUUAUCUAGCUGGGAAACUGUGCUUAGUGGAGUGCCCCAGGGUACAGUUUUGGGGCCAGUGCUAUUCCUCUUGUAUGUAAAUGACCUUCCUUGUCUCCUAUCAUCAUCGGUCUUGCUAUAUGCUGACGAUGUCAAGAUAUGGAGAACGAUACGAUGUAAGAGUGAUAGCUUAGAACUUCAAAAUGACCUGAAGAAGUUAUCUGAAUGGUCUCAAACAUGGCAGUUGCCGAUAAAUACUUCCAAGUGUGUUGUGAUGCAUAUCGAUCAUCAAGGCACAGAUACAUACACGAUGAAUAACACUGAGCUGCCUGUCGUCCAGACAUAUAAUGACUUAGGAGUUAUCGUUAGUCAAGACUUAAAGACUACUGCACACUGCCGUGCAAUAGCCGCCAAAGGUUUUAGAACGUUAUGGUCAAUACGUAGGGCUUUUAGUCAUGUCGACGCUAAGACGUUUUUGACUUUGUAUACAGUGUUCGUUCGUCCUAAACUUGAGUACUGCAUACAAGCGGCUAGCCCCUGCUUAAAAAAAGACAGUGAGCUCCUGGAAAAGGUUCAGAGAACGGCGACUAAGCUGGUUCCCGGAAUAGCGAAGCUUCCGUAUGAAUCUCGACUGGCCAAGCUGAACCUUUUCCCGUUGUCAUAUCGCAGAACUAGAAGCGACUUGAUUGCAGUCUACAAAUUGCUUAGUGAUAAAUUUGCACCUGAUAUGCCCUCAUUUUUCUUGUCUUCCAAAACAGAGAAUUUACGAGGACACUCCAAAAAAGUUCACAAACCGAGAACAAAUUACUUGUCAGCUGACUAUCGACUUUCCCAUCGAAUCAUCAACGAGUGGAAUUCACUACCUCAGUACGUGGUUGAGGCUCCAGCCGUCGACUCUUUCAAAAGAAAGUUGGAUCAACUGAGAGACCACCAUUGUCAGGACUAACAUAGGCCAUCGAGCCUCCUGUCCUUCCCAAACUGAAACUGAAUAAGUUCGUGACAUUCCACUAUAAACCAUAAGGAGCCGUAAUUAAACAAAUUGUUCUGCCCUACAGACAUGGGUGGAUUGAAUUUAUCUUCCCACCAUCAUGUUUGCUGGUCAGUAACGCCACCCGCCCUCCCUUUGUGAUGUUAGGCUCUCUUACGUUUGUGGUAAGUAUGAAUACUGCUUUAAUCAAACCCCAUGUUUGGAAUACACUGUCUCUACUAGGUCCAUGUUACAACCAAAUCAGAUAGUUGAAAAGUCUGUUUUAUGGGUUCGAUGUCCACAUAGUAUAUCACACUGCUAUGAAAAUAACUAAUGGUUUAAAGAAGUAAGGACUAAUAGCAAAUCAAAAGAUAUGAGAGGGUAUAAAAUUGUAGAAAAAAAGGCAUGACUUUUAGGAAGAAUAAUAUAUAUUUAACCUGUAGAGAUUUGAGAACUGAAAGCUAGGGUUAGGAGCACAAGGCCACGAUCAAUAAACAAUGAAUAAUAGGAAAGGAUAAGCCAUAUAUUCUGUGAUUUGGUUAUAUUCAUAUUAGUAACAGUCGAACUUGUUAUAAUCUUGUUCUUUCUAGAUACUAGGCGGUCCGUAAUAAAGUGCCUCAAUGGUAGGCGGGAGUUCAAGGAAAUGUUGAAGCUCCUUGGAGUCCAGAAAUAGGGUUAUUAGCUUUUUGAAUCUGGUAAACGUAUCACAGUUACGGGUAGGCAUUGGCAGCCUGUUCCACAAUAAACUAUACCGUACUGUAAAAAACUUACAACGCAUUUGUUUUUGGUGUUUUAUGGUGAAUAGUGUAUAUGCGUUGUUUCUAAGUCUAUAGGCUGGGUCGUGGGUGAUAGUCGGGCAGGAGGUUAGAAAGGAGAGCCCAUAUAUCGCUUUGUAGAGAAAUAUUAAAUUGUUCUUUAGCCUACGGUGCCAUAAAGGUUCUAAAGAUAGAUGCUUACAUCUAUCUGUGUAAUCGAGAUUCGAGUUACAUCCUAGUAGUUGACGUGUGAAAUGUCUUUAAACAUCUUCUACUCUUAUCUUGUCUGUGAUAUUCAUAUUAGAGAAGACAAAAAAGCAGUAUUCAAGGGAGGGUCGUACACAUAUUUUGUAGAGAGUAAGUUUACCCUCUGUUGUGAAAAAGUUUUUCAUUAUAAAACCAAUUAGCCGUCUAGAUUUAGAAAUAAUAGAGGAGGCAUGUUCUUCAAAGUUCAGGCUUCCUGUGUAAUUAAUUCCUAAAUCGUGUACUGAUUCGAGUGUUUGGACUCUACUUUCAUUUAAGUGAAGUUGCGGUUUAUAGGGAUGCUUUCCAAAGUGCAUGAUCCCGCACUUGUUGAGGUUAAAUGGUAAUUGCCAUUUUUCACUCCAUAUAGUUAAGUUAUUGAGGUCCUUUUGGACCUGGGAUACACUUUCGCUUAGUGCCUCAGGCUUAUAGCUGUAUACUAUUUUGAGAUCAGCAUAUAAGUAUGGUUUCCCAAAUUCUAUGGUGUUACAUAUAUCGUUUGUAUACAUAAGAAACAAAAGUGGACCUAAUACGCUUCCCUGGAUGACUCCACUGAUGAUUGGUCUAGGGGACGAGAGACAGUCAUUGUACUUUACCAUCUGCUUACGUUAUGAUAAGAACGAAGCAGAUCACGAGUACAGUGGGUUGUGUAUUCCGAAGGACUUAAUUUUGACGAGUAACCUUUUGUGUGGGUCCUUAUCAAAGGCUUUCUUAAAGUCUAGGUAUAGGACUGAUACGAGGAGUCCGCUAUCUCGUUUCAGAGUUAUAUCAUUCAGGUAGUCUACUAGGCAUGUAUCGCAUGAUCUGAACCUAAGAAAUCCAUGCUGGAGGUCGAGAUGAGAUUAUUAGUUAGUAGAUGUUGGACUACAGCCGCCUUAACU